AAACGGAGAAACAACAACUGCAAAACUCCCGUCUCUCGCUGUUGUUUCACUGCUUUCAGGUCAUUUAGGCAUUUUAGGUCCUGAGUCCAUAUGGGGUGAAGGUGAAGACAGAACCAAACUAAAGCUGGACUGUAACCUACUAGAGUCUAUAUGAUAGUCCAUGGAUGCAACAUCACAAGUUUUUGACAAGAGGGGCAUUGUCUUCUCCAAGAAAAGUGUGGAGGAUUCAUCUGGCCUUCAUCAGCCCCAUGAGGUGACUCCAUGGAGAAUACAUCAGCUUUCUUUAGGCCUCUGAUAGACUGAACUCUUCAUCUCAUCUUUUCCCCGUGGCUGAUGCUCGCCUUGGAUUUGAUCUGACGGAGACAAAAGAAACAUUUCCUCUUCGCGUAUUUUAUUCUCCAGUGAAAGUUCAGAACCUCUGCUCGGUGCUCACUUUGUUUUGACUGCGACAAACUAUUUUACCGCUUCAGUUUUGCCCCAAAUGUAAGAGAAGAAAACACAAUCGUGAGGGGCUCGUGGAGGCGCACAGACACCGAGCAGGGCGGGUUGAGUCUAUAAGGUUCUCAUGUGUUAUUUAAGAGCGCAGCGGCGCUCGAGCGCUGAUCAUUGCUGAAACCAGACAGCGUUUGAAAGACUGUAGAUCCGAUCCGAGAGAGAGAUGGCAGAAACCGCUCCAGCCCCGGCUGCUGCCGCCCCGGCCAAAGCGCCCAAGAAGAAGUCAGCUGCGAAAGCCAAGAAAGCAGGUCCAGGCGUCGGUGAACUCAUCGUCAAAGCUGUGUCCGCAUCCAAGGAGAGGAGCGGCGUGUCCCUCGCCGCCUUGAAGAAAGCCAUCGCCGCCAGCGGCUACGACGUGGAGAAGAACAACUCCCGCGUCAAGAUCGCCAUCAAGAGCCUGGUGACCAAAGGCACCCUGGUGCAGGUCAAAGGGACCGGCGCUUCGGGCUCAUUCAAGCUCAACAAGCAGAAAGCCGAGACCAAGAAGACGCCGGCCAAGAAAGCGGCUCCUAAAGCGAAGAAGCCCGCGGCCAAGAAACCCGCUGCUGCCAAGAAGCCCAAGAGCGCAGCGGCAAAGAAGCCCGCGGCGAAGAAAUCGCCCAAGAAGGCCAAGAAACCCGCCGCCACAGCCGCUAAGAAGGCGACGAAGAGCCCCAAGAAGGCAAAGAAGCCAGCAGCCGCUAAGAAAGCAGCCAAGAGCCCCAAAAAGGCCAAGGCGGCUAAACCUAAGGCGGCAAAGCCUAAAGCCGCCAAGCCUAAAAAGGCAGCGCCCAAAAAGAAAUAAAGUAUUUACUGUUUCUCCUCAACGGCUCUUUUAAGAGCCACCCACCAACUCUGAAUAAAGACCAAAACUCCUGUAUCUUAUAGCGUAAAUAAAAUAAAU